CAUUUCGACAACGCGACAGUUUACACUGUCGAACGAAGCAAAAUGUCGUUUGUAACUCUGCUAAUCAAGAUUUUGGUUCCGCUGACAUAUAUAAAUCAUGUUAGAGGAACUUGUCCAUACGCCCAGCUGAGCUAUGGAGACUGGUCACGAGAUGAUGACCCACUAAACAUAUCCGAUGAAUACAUGUGUUCCACAUCUUACAACACUUAUCAAACGGAUUGCCAUCAGUUUGUGUCACAACCGCCACCCAUAUUGGAUGCUGUUAUGGAUCACGCGUUAAAUUCGUCCAUCGAUCUAACUGACCAUUACAUUUCACUUGAUACUGCAACAGUGGGAGAUACGUCUGCAGCGAAACUGUUUACUGACAUGGACCGUAACAAUUUCUACUUUGAGUCGGUAACCCGAUAUAUUCAGGAGACUACGUGUGCAUCCAAGAAAACUGUCACAAGAUAUUUCCCAACGGUGCAAGUUGAAAUGUUUGAGAGUUAUAUGAACGACGAGGCGGUGACUAAGGUAGCUUGUGAUGCCGGUCACGUAAGGUAUCCGAAAUGUUUGGUCAACUAUCCGUACAGAUCACUCGAUGGAUCUUGUAACAAUCUGGAAAGGCCAUUGGACGGCAUUGCACGUGACUGCAUGUUGCGUUUGUUGCGACCCGACUACAAAGACGGGAUCAGUCAAUUUAAAACUUCGGCAGAUGGCUCGCCAUUACCUAAUGCAAGAGUUUUGUCCACUCAUCUAUUUGGUGGUGACGAUCGCAGGCCAUUGUCUGCUCAAUAUACUGAGUUCCAUUCAUUUCUCGGAGAAUUCGUUAUUAGUGACAAUGGCAUGACUUUGACUCAUGAAACUGGAUUAAGGGUAGUUAUUCCAUCAUGUGAUCACGAAAAUAUUCAACGUGUCGAUCAUCCACAAUGUGCAGGUAUUCAUUUACCAUCAAAUGACCCCAUCCAUAAAGUAUUUCCGAAUCAAACGUGUGUUCCAUUCGUCAGAACAAUACCGUGUGCUCGAUGUAGACUCGGACCUCGAAUGCUAUCUAAUUCGGUGACUGCGGCUCAGGACCUAAGUCCUGUGUACGGCGUGUCUACAGAAAUGUCUGAUGCUAGGAGAACAAUGGUUGAUGGUCGACUAAAGUCGCAAGUAAUUAAUGGACACGAAAUAUUUGCUGUGGAAAGGUUCAAUGCCACUGGCAGAUUUCGCUGUUUUGAAGGAGAAUGUGAGCCGUCACCGUUGGACGUAAGAAAUCUUCAAUUCCAGACAGCUCAAAUGUUCGCAUUGUUGUUCCACAGGAACCAUAACAGCCACGCAGGAAGACUGGCGAAAUAUAGACCGGAUUGGAGCGAUGAGCAAAUAUUUCAAGAAGCAAGACGUUGGAACAUCGCUGAGUACCAGCAUUGCAUUUUCAAUGAAUACUUGGAAACGUUGAUCGGACGAGUCCUGUCGUAUAAAUUUGAAAUAUUGCCAAAGUCAAUUGGUCAGUUCAGCGCCUACAAGCCUAAUGCAAAACUGAAAACGGUUAUAGAGUUUCAAUCGACGGCUGGGCGACAUGGUCAUGCUGCUUUAAAUGAAGACAUAAAUAUAAUCGAUCCGAUAACUGGAGAAAAGUCGAAAGUUAAUUUCAGAGAUGCAGCAAAAGCCGAAAGCAUUUUCUACGACGGUCAAGUAGACGGCACUUUUUUGGGCCAAAUAUCGAACCCAUCGUUUGCAACAACAAACAGUAUUCCGUUUAAAACCUUCUUGUUUCACAUGCCCGGGCGGACAUUUGGUAUAGAUUUAGCUGCGUUGGAUGUUCAACGUCAGCGCGAUCAUGGAAUUCCAGGCUACAUUCAUUAUAUCAAAUACUGCCACAAUGUGGUUGUUCGACGCUGGACAGAUUUAUGGCGAUUCAUUCCAGCGGAAGACAUAGAAAAACUCAAGAAAUAUUACAAAAACGUUGAAGACAUCGAUUUAUAUACCGGCGGGCAUUACGAACGCAAAAUAGUUGAUGCGCUUGUCGGUCCCACUUUCGCUUGUAUUAUUGGCAUACAGUUUCACAACGUCAAAUACGGCGACCGAUUUUUCUAUGAACAUGGGAAUCAAGCUGGCUCUUUUAGCAUUAAACAGUUGAACGAAAUUAAAACGAAGACGAGCUUUGCAAGCAUUUUGUGUAAAACAACGAAAUUGGGGAAUGUAUCACGUGAUCCACUGAGGCUACUGUCUAAGACCAAUCAAUUUGUCGAUUGUUCCAAAUUUGUUGACAUCGAUUACCAAUUGGGUGUUGCCAAUCAGUAACAUCCAAUGAAAAUU